AUGACCCGACAAGGCACUUACGCUAUCUCACCUGUCGAAAAAAUCUGGAAGUUAAAACAGCCGUACCUCGUUCAAAGAGGGUACUCGCUUCGGCCGCGGUACUCGCCUGAUUGGCAACCCUCGUGGACAGGCACGAACAUCGAUCCGUUCUAUUGCGAAGACUCGAUUAGGUCGAUGAAGUUGAACGUUAUCGAUGCGAAAACCUCUGAUGGGAGGCUCAUAGCAAUCAAGCGCCUCCAGGAUAAAGGCCAAGAGAUCGAAAUCGCGCAAUUCCUGACUUCGCUCGAGCACCCGCAUAAACACUGCGUACCCGUUGAGGAUGUCUUCCCAGACGCUAGUGAACCGAGUUGGACGUUCAUGGUCAUGCCAUACCUGAGGAAAUUUGAUGAUCCAGAGUUCGAGCUGAUCGGCGAAGUCAUCGAGUUCGCCCGCCAGAUGCUGGAGGGUCUCGAAUUCCUCCAUUCCCACCGUAUUGCUCAUAGAGACAUAGGCGCACUGAACGUCAUGAUGGAUGGCCGGCCACUCUAUCCCCAAGGACACCAUCCAGUCCGCACGGAUAGCUCCGUAGACGCCAUCGACCAGCUGAAACCUCUACGACGUAUAGAUCACCCGAUCAAGUAUUUCUACAUCGACUUCGGCCUGUCGGCACGAUUUCCUCCAGGUGCCUCUUCAUUGGUAUUGGGAGAUGUAGGUCGCGACGCCGAGGUCCCGGAGCUGUCCUGGGAUGUACCAUACGAUGCGUACAAGGCCGACAUACACGCUCUCGGAAACCUCUUCUUUAAAGAGUUCCAGUUGAAAUACCACGACACAGACUUUCUCAAGCCCCUCGUCUACUGCAUGAAACAACGACAGCCCGAUCUCAGGCCGCCGGCAAGCGAACUCGUGACCAUGUUCCAACAACUAUGCAAGCUCGAGAACCCCUCCAAGUCGCGCUGGCGUCUCAGCCCGAGGACCGAGUCCGCUCCCGAACGUAUGGUCAACGACACAAUCGCCGCCGCACGAGAUGGGUUGAGCAACCUUAGGCGGUUUGUUGGCUGA